GACAAAUGAGCAUUCCUACUCCUCCCCCUCCUCACUCAUUCGGCCAACACUAAGGAAAAGGAGGAAAGAAGCUCUGCAACUUCAUCUUUCAUAGCCAAACUCAAGCCAAGCUCAAACAAGAAAGUUGAUAGGAAGUUAAAGGAGGAAAAAACUAGCUAAAGGUGUGAAAGUUAAGGAACUUGAUUUAGAGUAUCUUUGAGCUUCGCCGGAGUUUCGCCGGAGUUGGUCAAAGUUGGCCGGAGUUGGUCAAAGUUCACCGGAAAUAGUCAAAGUUCAACCGCGGAGCGUAGAACACGCUUAAGCUCACUUAAGUUUCAGGUAGAACUUGAAGGGUGCUACCAUCACCGUUGCUUCGGGCGGAUUAUCAAGGAGAGGAGACGUGACGCCUUGUAUAGUAUGGAUGAGUUGGACUGCGGUUGACUAUUCGUACUGUACGGCGGGUUGUUGACGUGUCCGGGAAGGUCCGGGGCGUGACAUCUACCCCUCUCCUCCAUGAAGUUUCGAACCCGAGACUUCAAUUCUAUAGCACUGGGAGAACCAAAGGCAGCCUAUUUCCCAGGAAGCUACCAAGCUUUAGUAGUGAAGAACCAAGCCCAGCCUUCUGACCCAAAGUUUCAAUAUGAAGUCAAGUACUUCCCCCAAACUCUUGACCACUUCACUUUUGUACCCAGAGGCUACAAAAUCUUCUACCAGAAGUACCUAAUCAACAAGGACUAUUGGCAUAAGGGAGAACCAAUCUUUGUGUACACUGGCAAUGAAGGAGAUAUUGAUUGGUUUGCUGCAAAUACCGGCUUCUUGCUUGAUAUUGCUCCAAAAUGUCAUGCUCUUUUAGUCUUUAUUGAACAUAUAUGUUAUGGAGAAUCACUGCCAUUUGGGAAAAACUCAUACAAGUCAGCAAAGACAUUAUGGUACUUGAACUCACAGCAGGCCUUGGCUGAUUAUGCAAUUCUUAUAAGGAGUUUGAAGCAAAAUCUGUCUUCAGAAGCUUCUCCUGUUGUGGUGUUUGGUGGCAGUAAGCGCAAUAAUCCAUUCCUAAUUAGAAAAAUGUUUGGUUUACACUUUUUUUGUGUACACCUUUGGCAGAAAGAGUUUUCUGUAUACAGAAAACUCUGUAGGGCACUACGAGUAUGAUACACCUAAUUAAUGUCCCUCUUCCCACACGCCUACUUAAAAGAAACAAUUGUUUUUAGGAAAAUAUUUCACUUUUGGCCUUACGAGUAUCACAUCAAUCUUAUUUAGGUUAGGUUCCAUACAUGUCUUUGACUUUGCUCACUUUUGGCACAUCGCUAUUGUUUCUUGCCCAUUAUGGUCAUUCCGAUCAAAUUUCUGGCAUCUCUCAAGUGAUUUUAAAGAUGCAAAUUAUUGUACAAGACCUGAAUCCAUUAUUCAGUUUGAUUAGACUUUUAGGAAUAGAGAGAUUUUUUAUUUUCUCUAGUGUGAUUCCGUUUUGCGGAGAUAUGUUAGGCCUUUCCUGUAUGGGCGAUAUACAAGUAACAUAAAAAUAAAGACAUUUUAAUUUACUAUUGAACAUGGAGUAUGUAGUGCAAGUAUAUUCUAACAAUCUAAUGUGUUAAAUGAGAUAUGUAUUCAUCUCAGUGUUAGCAGCUUGGUUAAGACUCAAAUAUCCCCAUUAGCCAUAGGUGCAUUAGCGUCUUCAGCGCCAAUAUUGCAAUUUGAUAACAUCACUCCAUGGUCAAGCUUCUAUGAUGCAAUUUCUCAGGACUUCAAGGUUUGCCUAGAAACAUAAAUUUAUAAAAUAAUGACUCUAUAUGUAUCCCACUUUUAUUUAUACAUAAAAUCUAAUAGAGGGAAAGGCAUAGUUCAACUGUGACAGUCAUUAUCUUGUUCAUCGUCAUUAGUAUGGUGCUUUCAUUUCAAUUGAAUUCAUGGGAAAACAACUCCAAGAAAAGAUGUUAACUCACAUAUAGAUCUUACUGUAUAUAUAUAGAUCUUAACUCACAUAUAAGAUGUUGCGACUGCUCAUCCUAUUACAUGAUCUUUUAAGAUGAAACCCGAAAUGCUUAUAAUACAAUGUAGUCACACCGAGCUAGUGUGACCAAGCUUUCGUAGCUCAAAGGUAUCACCGAAUAUGGGAAUCGCUCACCUUUCUAGACUACAUAACACUUAAUACA